CAUGUAUGUAUCGUAGCAUCGGGUAACAACAAUACAUGUCCUUCCAAAUUGGAACUCGAUGUAAACGCAAAAGUAGGAUGAGUGAAUAGUUCCAAUCAUAUCAAUUGCAGCAUGAGCAAUGUAAAGACUGUUCACAUUGACACAAUGUGAUUAUGGAUUGAGACUAUUAGACUUAGUGUUUAUAAACACAUUUAUCUGGACCAAUCAACCAACCAACCAUGGGAACAGGGGCAUCUAAAGACUCAGAUGAGGCAGGAGAAUAUAGAGUACCCCAGGGUGCAAGAUCUCAGGAUUCAGGAACAAGAUCUGGAACAUCUUUGAGAGAUGGUAGACAACAGACUGGAAAGAAGAGAGCACAAGUUGGACUUACAAGACUAGGUUUCUCACCUUCUGAGCUCAACAUACAUGAAGGAGAGGAAGUAUCUUUUCACUGGAAUGGAGCAAAGGGGUCAGGACACAAUGUAAAGCAGGUGGUUGCAGAUGAUGGCAAGCUCUUGACUGUCAAUGGAGGAUUCUGUAGUGGAGAACCAAGUAGUAGCGGAAUCUUUCAGGUUCAGUUCAACUUGGAAGGCACAUACUCCUUCAUUAGUGAGGGAUACAACGAUCAACAAGCCAACAUACUUACAGUAACUGUCAGAUCUAAAUCUGUGCAAAAAGUGGAGAUCAAUGAGAGUGGAUUCAGCAAGUCUAGGCUGAGUAUCCGUGAAGGGACUAGCGUCCGGUGGCAUUGGGCGAUCUCGUGCACCCUGGUAGAGGUGAAGCUGUGUUCCAAACACUUCGGCUGGAUCAGAACAGACACAGGAAGCACCAUCUCAUCUCAAACAGGCUGGUACAAGCAUGACUUCAAAGAGCCUGGACUCUACUAUUUCCUGGCUGAGGCUGAAGGUCGGGACGGGCAGCCUCACCUAUGUGUGGUGGAGGUACAGGAGACCCAACGUCAUCAUAGUAUUGAUGUGACAGACAAGAGAUUCAGUCCUGCCCUCCUUACGAUCCAGGAGGGGGAUAGGGUCUGGUGGACUUGGGACAGAUUCAAGUGUCAGAAGAAGCACAAAAUCAUUGAGGUGGAGAUGCCGACCGGUCACAACGUCACAAAUACCUUUCCUGUGACUCUGAGAGGAGGCUUCACCAGUAGUGCUCCAAGUCGAACUGGAACUCUGUCGCAUGUCUUUGAUAAGCCUGGUGUAUUCUACUACUGUGAUAAUAACUAUGAUGAUGUGAGAGAGUAUGUGGGUGUGAUCGUAGUCAAACCCAAACCCAAGGAGCACCACGUAGAGGUGACAGACGAGGGCUUCUAUCCAGACCUAUGUGUUGCCAGUGUUGGAGAUAGAAUUCGAUGGAACUGGGAUCCAAGCCACCUUGAUAAUAGCUUGUCAAUCACACAGGUUGAAAGCUGUGUCACAUCUUCAAAGAAUAACUUGUUGGAUGAAUGUAACAACAGGUGUAAAUACCUGAGUGAUAAUCACGGACUCCAAGUCACCAAAUUGGGUGUGGCUACUACCAAUCUCACUUCUAUGGGUGUGUACCAUUACAGAGUGAUGGAUGCACCCAUGUCAGUGGGAUGCUGCUCAGUGAUCAUCAAUGCUGCAGUCAGAGACCACACCAUAAAGAUCACAAAGACUGGGUAUGAGCCUCACCUCCUCUCCAUUCACCCUGGGGAUCGUGUGUGGUGGAUAUGGAAUGGUGUACAGACACCACACAAUGUCAUUCAGGUCUCUCAGCAAGGAGAACCCAUAACAUCAGGUUUCUGCAGUGGACUCCCUGUAGAUAGCCCUGGUGCAUUCUAUACAUGCUUUGAAAGAGAAGGAGUUGUCUAUUAUCACAGUUCUGGUUUGCCAAAUCUAUAUGGAGCCAUUAUGACAGUGCGUCAACCCAAGGUACACCAGGUCAUCGCCUCCAAGAAUGCAUUGACCCCUGACCCUGUGACUGUGAGGUCAGGUGACUGCGUUGCAUGGGUGUGGCCGUUGCUGAGGAAACACAAGCUGAUCAGUGUUAGCAGUACUCAGGAGGUCUUCGAGCUUCAAAAAUACACUCAGGAUUCUGUUUCACCAAGGAGAUGCUGUGCCUUAUUGUUCACAACCCCAGGAGUCUUCCAUUACUAUAGCAAAGCAUUCUCGAACAAAGGAGAAAAGUUUAUGUAUGAGCACAGUAGCAAAGCUGUACUGAGUAGUGUUGUAGUGAGCAUGCCUAAGGAUCAGAUCAUGGUGAGAGUCAAUAGCAGAGGAUUUCAUCCACAAAAAGUCAACAUCAAGAAGGGUAUGUCUGUGGUGUGGUCUUGGAAGGAAGUCAGUAGCCAGGAGCAUCACAAUAUCACCAUGGUAACUCAUCCAGAUAAUGAUGGAGAUGCUACCAGCAGCCAGACCUCCUCCCCUCUCCCGGAGUCUGAUGGAGGCUUCACCAGCGGUCCUAUGCAGGCUCUAGGUAGCUACUCACAUACCUGGGAGAAGACAGGAACAUUCUAUGUGAGGUCCAGAGGAGUCAGGAAUGAUCUGGGAUGCGUCCGGGUUUGGGAUACAGCAGACACAUUCACCCAUAACCCUAUACCAACAUCUGUAGACAGUGCUGGUGGAGUGGUUCAGAGAGGUCAUCGGAUUGACCUGACCUCAGGUCAAGCAGAUGCUACUAUCUACUACACUCUAGACGGCUCCAUUCCAGAGCCAAAUGGGUCAACAACACGGGUCUUGAAGGAAGACCAAGGUAUCAUCUUGAAACGAUCUGGACUUCACAUUGUGAGAGCAAUAACCCAUAGUGAUCAUGCGCUACCUAGUGAAGUCUUUACAUCAGGGAGGUACUGGGUUUUAGAAGGAACUGAUGGAGAGUCAGAGAAUGAUGAUGAAGAUGAUGCUGCUUCUAUAGCAACGGAGGACUUUGAAGAACAGCAACUCCAGGAAACUCAGGGUCCAACAAGUCUGUGGCAGUGGCUGCAGUGUGUACCAGUUAUCAAGGGAUGGAAGCGCAACUCUCACACGGUAGAACUGUACUGGGAGUUACCUGAAGCAAGCUACAGACAUUUGGUGGAAGCCUAUCAUGUGAGUUCACAUCUGUUUUGUGCACAGCCGAAGGUGUUGGCAUGGAAUUUAUAUCAAUGGUAUCUGUUAUCACAACAACUGGUGCCUCCGUGCCAGAGUAUUGGUAUCAGUGGUUUUGUGGGUGGAGCCUCCUAUGUCAUCUCUGUCGUCGCCAUGCCAACCAUGUCAUCAGUCUUGCCACAUGAGUCAACUAAGCUGACAUUUGUUUGCCCUGCUGUUUCUGAACAUGGUGGUCCAGUCCUCUCCAGCGAGAUCACAGAGGUCAAAGGUCAAUUACCCAUCGUCUGGACACCUCUGUCGACCCCUGGACUGAAGUAUCAACUGUAUGUGAGCGGCAUGCAGUAUGGGGAAGAGAUUAUUCCCAAGAAAGGAGUGAAGCAAAGCAGAAUAACAAUCCAAGAUUAUUCAUCUGAGGAGCCACUCAAAAUCCAUGUGUUAGCACUCCCCAGACAUCCAGAUCAACAAUCAGAAGAGCAGAGUAUUUUGCUGUCCAACGAUCUAGAUAUUAGUUUGCCUCUCAAUGUGGACUCCAUAACUGUCCCAAAGUCAAGGAAGAUAGAAGGUUUAGCCUACCUCCAAAUCUUUGAAGGAUCACUCAAACCACCAGGUCAAGAUGUCAUACUCCUUCCAGAGUUUCAACCAGAGACUACAGAAUCCAAUAAGGAAGAAGUGCUCCCUCUAGAGUCCUGCCCAACUACGGAAGUUGCCGCCACCACUUCGACACUCACUCCUGCUAAAGUUCAGAUGGAUAUUAGCAGCGAGGGAUUAAAGACAUCAGAUGGGACACCAAGCCAGCCAGAUAGCAACAGCGUUCUAGAUACUGGUAACGAAUUAGCCAAUAUGGAAGAGCAACCAGAGGUAGAGUAUGAUCAUGUUUCCCCUCCUCAAUACCCUGCUGCAUGUGACCUCCCUUCUGCCACUCCCAACAGCAUGACUCCUAGAAACUUGCAUGAUGCUUCCACUGUAUCCAACGGUAAUGGUGUCCAGAUGGGCAAGAUACCGCCCCCUCCUGUAUAUCAAGAUGAACUCGAUGAGGGACCAACAUCCAAAGAAGUUUCCCCAACGGUUCAAGGUGGAGAACCUCUACGAUUGGGAGCAGAUUUCAUUGAAAGUGAUCUCUAUCCUCCUCCUUCAACCGGUGACCUCAGAGAGAUGUCAGAUGCAGUGAGCAAGAAAUCGUCUCUCGAGCAAGAGCCCCAUGAUGAUGAACAUGUUGCUGUCAAUAGUGAUGUUCCUAUAGCAACCACCUCUUAUGGUGGAGACCAGGAGACCACAAUCAAACCACCAGAACCGGUAGCUUUGAUGAACAACAAGAUUGAUAAUACUGAUAUUCCAGGUGUUGAUGAAGAUGCUCAGCAGGAGAGAAAUGGCAUUGAAGAGCAGGAUGUUGGACUUGUAACUGUUGAUCACGAUACCAAAGAAAAUCUUGAAGAGCAUCUCCCAAAAGGUAGCCUGUAUGAAGAAAGUCUUACCAAAGAAAGUCUUCCAUUAGAAAACCAGAGUCAUGGUGCUGAUAAUGGUGAUAAUGUAAGCAUGAAUGUAAAAAGUAGUCUUCCAAAUGAUGAUAUCAUUACAGGAUCCUCAUUAUCCACUCAAGAAGGAGAGGUUGCACUGAAUGGAGAUGCCACGAAUGGUGAGGAUUUCAAAGAAGGUUUGGGAGAUAGAAUGGACAAGGAACGGAAAGGAAACAACAAGAGAAUGGAUGUUGGUGACAGUAAUGAAGUUGAUGGUGAUGCUAAACCUGAGAAAGACAAACAUGUUGAUUUACACAUAGGAAAGCCAGGGUUUGAUGAAGGUGAACCCCGCAAAGAUGCUGAGUUUGAAGAUGAUGAUGCUCAAUCAGAUCUGGCAAAGCAGAGUGAUGAACCAGAUGGAAAAAAUAAGUUUGGAAUAGCUGAUGAAGAUGAAGGUAUGAGCGGUGUAGAAGAACAAGAACAAGGUCUCCAGGUUCCAAAUAAAGAUCUCCUCCAAAUACCAUCUGAGAAAGAGAUCACAUUGUCUAACGAUGAUUCAAAAGAUCAAAAUGAGCCAGGAAAAGAUGACCUGUCUAAAAAGAGACCAUUUGACAAACAAAAUGAAGUAUUUGUAGGAGAUGACAAGAAAGAUGGUCCUGAAGAGAAAUACUUGAACCAGGUAUCUACCGAGACGACAGCAAGUUGUCAUCGUAUGGCACAGCAUCAGUCUUCGUGUGAACCAAUCUCAGAUGAACAGCAAAACGAUUCUGGAGAUAUGCCAACAGACCAAAUACGAAAAGGAGAAGAUGAAGAAGUAGAAAGGAAAAUGAAUGGAGGAGAUGAUGAUGGUGACAGUCGGGAAAUUGAAUAUGUAAACCAAGUCUCCAAUGAGACUACAUUGAGCAAGAACUGCCCGGAUGGCCAUGCAGAGAGAACAGGAAACAGAGAGGAGGAAGAACACGACGGAGCUUAUGAUGACAAAAAGGAUAAACCACUGGCUUCCAAAGACCACAAAGAUGCGUCAAAUCCUCAUUACAAUGUUCAUGGAGACGAAACUGAUGACAAAGGCCAGGAGCAUUCUAAUGACACAGCAUGUUCCUCUGAUCAUAUGCAAACCCAUACCUUACUGUCCAAUCCCACUGCUUUGCAUGAUGAAAAUCACAAUGGUAUAGAUGAAAUGUCUAGCAAUGCACCUGCUAAUGCUUUAGAUCAGAAUGUAGAUCCCCAAACCAGUACUUGUGAUAGCAUGGAUGAACAACAGCUGAAGAGUAAGGAUAUGUAUGCUCCAAGGUUGAAAGCAUUGAAAAGCUCUGCAAAUGUUCCUGAGCUUUACAUACACUGGUAUCUUCCCUCAGAGGAGAGCAAGGGUUUUGGGGAAGGUGCGGUCAAGCCACGCCCUUCACCCCAUCAUUAUCUGGUUUGUGUGGAAGGGAUGCAGUUUGUAGAUCAGGAGGUCAAUAGCCACUCGAGACAUGAAAUAAAAUCAGACGAGGAUACACUUUCAAUCAGGCACCAGUGGAAUGCGGGAAGAGGCUUACAACUUAUCAUCAACAGAGGUCUUUGUGAGAGCACAAGAUACAAAGUCAGUGUGGUUGCUGUAUACAAGCAGAGCGACCAAAAGAAGAAAACCACAAAGAUGACCUCGUCAUCUUCAUGGGUCACCACUGGAGGGUGUCCUAUGCCCCCGAAGCUGUCUCUGACCUCCGUUGGUCUGCAGGAAGUCACCCUUGCUUGGGAGCCAGGUCGUUGCCAUGAGGACAUAGAGAUCCUGGGAUACGCUCUCCUGAAGAACACCAGACCAUCAGGAGAGACCAUUCCGUAUGGAAUCACGGAGAAGAUCAUUCAAGAAUUGAAACCUGGGUCUAAAUGUACCCUGAGCUUAUCCACUCUUACAGCCAAUGGUGGUCCACGCAAACCAUCCAACAGCAUCAUGGUCAUCUGUCCUCGUAUCCCUGACCCGCCGACAAUCAAUCUGAGGCAGUCUAGUAGUCUCCACUCAGCCACCAUUACAUGGCCCAAACAGAAGGCCAAAUAUCUAUCUGGCUACGUUGUCUAUGUGAAUGAUAAACAGCUAGCUGAAGUGUCUUUGACUGAGAUGGAGAGACUCUCUCAAUGUGAACACACUCUGGAUGAUCUAGUGGAAGGAGAAAUCCUCAACGUCUUCAUCAAGGCUUGCGCAGGUUCAAAAUCCCUGUCAUUGGACCACUCCACCAGCAAGGCUGUGUGCCAGACAAUGAGUGGGAGCAGCAACCACCUGUCAAUCAGAGCCAAGACUCCGCCCUCAUCACCAUCGUUACGACUGGAGGGGAAGCACCCUGGAGGGAUUGACAUCAUGUGGGAGGGGCAUGAGCAGGAUGAAGGCACUAACCUAACAGGCUAUGUAGUGCUGAAAGACGGUGUCCAGUAUGGGUCCUUGCUGGAUGCAGAGGUCACUCGUUGCACCGUGGGGCGUGUCAAGCCUGGGGUCACUGUUCAGCUUCAAAUCAUGGCCGUGUCUGAUGAUAUUCUGGAACCAGGAGGAGAUGACUUGUUGAGACAGUAUCCUACCUGUGAGCCAGGCCCCACCUUCCAAGUGCAGUUUAGUGGUCUCCUGGCCCCGCCCAGUAAAGUAUGGACAGAGCUGGUCACUGGACAUUCAAUGUUAGUAGUAUGGCAUAGGGGAAAAAAGCCUAACAUGGAUCACUUCACAGAUCCAGAUGCUUUUAUGGUAAGAUGGUGGAAAGUCAGUACGGGUGAACCCAACAUGUGUACCAUGGAAACACAAGAUGACAAUCUCCAUAUUGAAGAUCUCGAGCCAGGCUCAACAUACUCUAUCAUGGUGGAAGCAAGGAAGUGGGAUACACACUGUGAUGAAGAUGAUGAAGAUAUCUUGGGUGAGGAUCAGCAGAGCCAGACCUUCCUGGUGACUGCUGGGUCUAAGACAAUCACUGCCAUGACAGCUCGACCUCCUGACCCGCCCUCUGACCUCAAGGUGACCUCUACAGGACCUAAGACCCUGGAGCUGAGGUGGACAUCAGCCAUAGAACACGGUAGUGAGAUUCUGGGACUCAAAAUGUAUGUGACUCUUACAGAAGACAAGGAUACUACUGACACAGUGAAAUGCAUAGAUCUUCUCCCAGAUGCAACCGGAGCCAAAGUGAAAGACCUUGAGCAGGGGAAAGACUAUGUCAUCCAUCUUCUCACCAUCACAGAUGAUUUCUUCGACCAGCUUCCACCAUCCCACUCCUUACGCAAGGCACGGGACCUGCCAAAGACCUGGGCGGAUGUUGAGAAAGAAGUAGAAUCUCCCUGGCUGCCGUAUGUUGCCAUCGGUGCAAGGACGCAUGGGAAUACCCCUCCAAUGGGGCUGAAGUGUACUGACAUUGGGAACGACUGGAUAGGGGUGGAUUGGCGGCCACCCAGCUGGGGUGGGUUUUAUGUGGAAAGCUCGACGGUGGAAUGGGAAGACAUCAGUGGAGAUGGGAGCAUCCAGGAAGAUUUGCAGGAGGGCAGCGUGGAGGUUGGACCGAAGAGGUCGCACACCAAGCUGCAUGACCUGACCCCUGGAAGGACGUAUGAGAUACAGGUCAAAGCCUACAUUAAACCGCAUCCUUCGACUAAAUCCAAAUCCAAGCAAAGCGGAAGCAAGCAGAGCAGGAUGAACAUGAUUCUGGAAUCGGAUCCAAUCUCAGUGAGACUACCUUGCCAUGUAACACCUCCUGAUUUGAGAAUCGCAGGAUUUAGCUCAUAUCACCUUGACCUGAGAUGGAACAAACCUCAUCUUUUAUUACAACCUGGAUCUACUGAUCCAGAUCAGCAGUCUCCUACAAGACCUGUGAAGGUUACUCUCCUUGGCCACCGCCUAGUGGUAGAGGGCAGCGCCCCCAUCUUUCUCUCAUCAGACACCACUCGAUACACCCUCACGCAAAUAAAAGGGGGUAGAACACUCAAGGUGCAUCUCGUUACCGUGACAACCCCUAAGAAGGUGACGAUGCAAGGGCUGAGGAGGAAAGAACGAGAUAAAGGAGAUGUGAGCGUGGAGAAAAGGAUCGCAUCUGUUCUCAAGAGCAUUGGUGAUAACAAGGAUGAGACCGUUUCCAGGACUUUGUUUGUAACGGCUCCCAAAAGCCAAUCAGGGAAUAUUGUGUCAUGUAUGUGCACAUACAAGCAUGAGAGGAAAGCCCAUGGAGAAAAAGAAGAAGAAGAAGAUGAUGACGAUGGAGGUAAACUAGACGAUGGACCUGUUGGAUACAUUAAUGUCCAGUGGAGCCUCCUGGACUGUGGCAGUGCGGAGGAACAGGGCAUUCUGGGAUAUGAUGUGAGCUGGAUGUGUGAUGCUGAUGGCAAUGAGCAUGUGGCUAAUGUGUCAAAGCACAGGACCAGUCAUCAAAUCCCUGUCUAUAAUUUAGGAUGCAUGUAUGAUGUCAGCGUCCAACCUGUCAAAGACGAGGACAUCUGGCAAGAUUUGAACAGUCCCAGCAUCCAGUGUGAGAUACCAGGACCACCGGCUCCGCCCACACUCUGCUGUGCUUCCAUGACGACCAGUGAAUUCAUCCUGGAGUGGUCAGAGCCAAGAACCUUUGGUGAUGUUGGAGUAAGGGGAUACCAGGUGUACAUGAAUGAAAGGCAGAUUGGACAAGCACUCAGUGCAAGCCACUUCAAAGCAGCAGUGCCAUGCAGACCCAACAGGAUCUACCUGCUUGGUAUCUGCGCCCUGAGUGAUGAUCCAAACUACUCUGACUCUGCCCAUGACCAGAGCCUCAGAGUUUGCACCCCUGAUAGCGACUCCGUCCCUGCUCGUACCAAAGAAGUAUCCCUCCUCGAGUCCCUUGCAGGGCCCCACGGGGGUAGCCCCCAGCAGAGUAGAACAGGGCGUAGAGGACGGACAAGAAAAACAUCCAGUUCUAAGCUUGUUCCCGAAGAUAUUGAGUUGAAGCUCACAUCUGUCACCUCUCAUACAAUAGGGAUAUGCUGGGAUUUUCUUCGCUCAGAGAGUGUAAGCAAGGUACAGCGAUUACAAGUUCACUGGAGCAGUGUGGCCAAACCAAAGGAAAUUGAGGCCCUCUUGAGUCCAACUGCAACCACUUUCACCAUCAAGAACUGCAAUCCUGGAACCAACCACUUCAUCACCAUCACAGGCCUGGAUAAGAAUGAUCAUAAGGUGUGUCGAUCCAAGCAGCUCAUCGUACAGACGUCAUCACAGAUCAGCACCCCACAGCUGUAUGUGAGCUCAACAUCAUUCAAGGGGAUCUCACUGAAAUGGGAGAAACCUCAAGCUUUUGGAGGAGCAAAGAUCUCUGGCUACCAACUAAAGGUCAACGGUCAACAGACAGCUACCUUGACCUCUAAUGCUACCACAUACACCUUCAAACAUGGCAAGAUGUGUCAGACGUAUGCCUUCAGUUUACAGGCUACCUGCAGCAACCCUCAACUUAACAGUGCAUUCUCUGACCCCAUCCAAGUGACCUGGCCAGGGGUCAUUGUCCCUGAACCUCAGAGAAUGUCCACUGUAAAGGUCAACUCCCUCAUUGUCGGCUGGUCAGAACCUGAGGUCCUGGGUGGGGCGAAGAUCAAACACCUCAAGGUCCUGUUAAUGACUGACCAACCUAUCCACUACAAGCACGCCCACUACCAGCACCACCCUCUCAAGACCAGCUCCGCCCUCCCACCCGAUACCACCUCUACGGAGUUCACCGGCCUCCUGCCCCAUGUCAACUACACCAUAUACCUUGAUGUGUACCUAGAGGGGCUAGUCAAACCGGUCCGAUCCAAGGCCCUGGUCGCCCAGGUAGCCCGGAAACCACCUGCCCCAAGGCUGAGGAUGAGUGUGGUAGGGGCCGAGGAGAGGAGGCAGUUGGAUGCUGAUGCGUGUGGUAUGAUGGAGGAUAGAGACAGACUGCUCCAAGAACUAUUUAGCCUUGAACAUGAUCUUGAAGAGAACUUUCUGGUAGAUGUGCAAUACCAAGAGGAUCUUUUAGCCAGGGUGUCUGAGGUUUCAUCAUUCCUGGCUGAAAUUGAGACUAGUCUGGAUAACUGCCUGGAAAGGAUGAAAGACUACACAGGUACCAUCCGCAUAGCUCUAACCUGGGAUCCUGUACCUGAUGAUGGGGAUGCUAUAGUAUCGGGCUACAAGGUGUUGGUCAAUGGAGAGCAGUAUGGAUUCGUCCUGCAUUCGCAAGUCUAUGAAACAGAGAUAAAGUUAAGUGCCUACAAUGGUAUCCAUAGUGUCAACCUGGUUGCCAUGACAGAUCAUCCUGUUGGACACAGUGACCUGUCGAAGGUCAUCACCGUGGAUACCAGCCCGUACCGUCCAUUUGUUGCAUACUGUCUCAACAGUGUCCACAAGCAAAGAGUCAAGUACCCCAAUCCAGGAUGCUGCUCGUUCCAGGAAACACUCCACCCCGAGACCCACCCAGACUUCUCUCACCUUCCUAGCCUGCAUCAGCACCUUCCAACCAGGCGCAUCCCUGCACCUUCCGUCACAGUGUUUGACCAGAGCCAGGGCACCUACCGGCUCCUGGUACCCUCCAAGCUGUCUAACAAGAAGCCCAUUGUCAUUCUGUUCUGGACACACUGGUGUUUGGCAUCACAAGCUAUAAUGGCACACUUUGUGAAUUAUGCCAAAAAGAGAUCGAACAAGCUGGUGUGUGUUGGUAUGUGUUGUGAGAGUGGAGAGGACACAGACACUCAUCGUGAUACCAUGACUAGAUUCCUUACUGACCGAGGCUGGACGGGAGACGGGUCACUUCAGCAUUGCUGUUGCUGCUCUGAGGUCGAGGCAGAUGGAACCAAGAUGGUCGCAAAUAGAUCACUCAACACCGGCCACUCACUUGUACAGUUUGCUACUGAGAAGAAGAGCUCCGAUGCCUUAUCAGCGGUGAGUGAUCAUGUUCCAGAGUUAUUUGGUGUCAUGGCCGUCCCAACGGUCAUUGUAAUCCACCCUGAAGGUUACUUAGGAUGGAAGAGUUGCUUUGCGGUGACAGACCGAUCUGCAUUUAUCUCUGCUCUCGACUCUGGGAUCAUCAACAUGCUGAGAUCUAACCCAACCUACUUCACCUCCCUGACCUUGUCAGAAUCGGCCAGUUUCUCAGAUACUACCUCGCAGGAGAGUCCACGACCACCAACUCCUGGCAGUCCACAUAUCAAGAAACAAGGAUCAGCGUGGAAUGGGGAGCCGGGAGCCAGGCCUGUAUCUGGGACAGCAAGCGAUGGCAGAUUCGGGUUGGGGUCCGCCAAACCCAGGACCCCAACCAUCGUCAGUCCUCAGCUGAGGCACUUUGUCCUGAAGAAGAAACAGAAGCAAGAACCUGAGCAGAAGAAUUUGAUCAGUAUUGACACAAGACCAUACUCGGCCAACGUUAAGACAGGCAAGGACAAAGUCAGACCCAAUUCAUCUGUGACUAUCUAAGACCUGAACCUGAAGCACGCUGUCCUGCAAAAGAAGCUGAGAUCUACUACUUUAUCAGUAUUGACAUGAGACCUUACUCGGCAAAGCAGGAAUGGAAAGACACCAAAUUCAUCUGUGACAAGCCAAGACCCCAAGCUGGCACGCAUUGUCUUGCAGAAGAAGCCCAAACUGGUUAGUAUUGACACAAGACCUUACUAAGCCAACUUUAGGACAGACAAUUUAAAACAAUUUCAGACCUAAUUCCUCUGUAACGAUCGAAGCCCCCAUAGUGAGGCAUUUUGUCUUGCAGAAGUAGGCCUUGAUCAAUAUUGACACCUAAUCUAAUUUAGACAACUUGAAAACAGGCAAAGAAAGAGAUCAGGCUCUCUUACUCGAGAUUUCUUUUGUAUGUAUAAUGGUAGCUACAGCUUACUAAACAGGGUCAGAGAGUAUCAGGCUGAUGUAGUACAUGUGUACAUGCACAUCUUGAAAAUACUUUUUAAUAUUUAGAAAUGAAAUUUAAAACAAAUAUAAGUCUAAUACAGUAAAACUGAUUUAGUGACCACCUGUAUAGAAUGACAAUCUUUCAAUAAAAAACAUAAUGUUUGUUUCCAUUGUGCAGAGUUAUUCAGUCAAAUCUUU